AUGGACGACGUCGACGAUCCAACCGAUUUCAAAGACCCAAGACUCCAAAAGUUCGAUCACGACUUUCGAUGCGCUAUUUGCAAAGAGCUAUACACAACACCGGUCCUACUCACCACAUGCAUGCAUUCGUUUUGCUCGUUGUGCAUUCGAAGACGUCUCGGUCAGGAACGGCAUUGCCCUACUUGUCGCAAAGCAGGCGAUGAAUCGAAAUUGGUUCGAAAUAGUGCACUAGAUGACCUCGUUAGCAAUUGGAGUUCGGCUGUAAGGAAGCUCGUGGUUGCACAGCAACAGCACAACCAAACACCUGUACCUAUGCAAAAUGGAUCUAGCAACAGCACUCCCAAAUCAGGCACACCCGAAGACUCAUCACCAGGCACUCGUCGAUCACGGCGUAUACGACAACAGCAGCAACAGCAACCUAAUGUCCAGGAAACGGCUAUUGAUACACCUGAUGUCUUAGCUAAUCCUCGAUCACUACCAUCACCAGCUGUGCAAGGUGUUCCAAUGACAACAGCAGCGUCAUUAACGCCACCAGCGCCUUCCGUUACAGAACCAGAAGUUGUAGAUCUAACACAGGAAUCGCUCGUCAGCUGUCCAAUUUGUGAACAACGAAUGAAGCAAGCGGUCAUCAAUGCACAUCUUGAUCGUUGCAUGCGAGGUGAUAGUUCCUUCAUACCAUCUGUUAGUAGUUCAUCAUCAAGGGCUGCACCUUCUCCUGGAUUCUCAAGUUUUCAUCAUCGUCAAACACAGCGGCAAGCUGAACCAUAUGGGAAAAAGCCUGUCAAACUCGUAUACGACAUGCUUAAGGAAAAAGACCUACGACGGAUAUUAAAGGAUCUUAAUUUGCCUGAUUCAGGGGAUAAGCAAAUGCUUGUAUGGCGCCAUAGAGAGUACCUUACAUUGUAUCAUGCAAAUCUGGAUGCAGCACAACCAGUUAGCGGAGCGUCAUUGAUUCAAAGGUUACAAAGUGCCGAGAAUGCAUAUUGGAACAAUCAGAGUCGAGAGCGCCCUUCAUCAUCGGACCUUGAGGAACACAAUCGUAGAUACAAGGAUGAAUUCACUCGGAUGAUUGAGGAAACUCGGAAGCGAAGACGACCAGCAGCAUCGACACUAUCCACUAAUAACGAAGACACGUCAUCCGAAUCAUUGGAAGAAGAAAGCCAAUCUUCUAGUACAGGACGAUAG